AUGAGUUUGGUUGAAAAACCGCACAUUAAAGAUUAUUGGUCAACUAAUCCUGUAUUGCAAACAACGUACGCUUCUAAAAUUAUGAAAAGGGAUAGGUUUAUAAGUAUUUUUUCAAUGUUACACAUAGCAAAUAACGACAAAUAUGUUCGGAAAGGUCAACCUGGUUCGUCUGAAGAUGCUUCAGAUUUUGAUCAAUUGAUUGUAAUGAUUGCAUUUCCUAGAAAUCCGAGAAUCUUCAGACCUCGAAAACAUCAUUUUACCUAUUGGAGAGAUGAUGAAUUUUUCAACAGAUUUCGAUUAUCGAAAAAUACAGUUCGCUAUAUUGUCGAUAUAAUAGGUGAUCGCAUAUGUUCCCGUACCGAUUGGAAUAAUGCUGUGAGUCCAGAAGAUAAAGUGCUCCUAACACUAAGGUAUUAUGCAACAGGAUCAAUGUUAAUUUUAUGUGGAGAUUUCAUUGGCAUUCAUAAAUCGACUGCAAGUCGUAUUGUGAAACUUGUUUCACAUAACAUUGCUAUAUUACGUCCUCAGUUUGUCAAUUUUCCCAACAAUGAAAAUGAUUUAAAAAAAGUCAAACAAGAUUUCUACAACAUAGCUAAAUUUCCAACGGUUAUUGGUGCAUUAGACUGUACCCACGUCAAGAUUAAAUCACCUGGAGGAGAUAAUGCAGAAGUAUAUAGAAAUAGAAAGAAUUUUUUCUCAAUCAAUGUACAGACAAUUUGUGAUGCAAACCUAAAAAUUCAAGACAUAGUAGCUCGAUGGCCUGGUUCAUCACAUGAUUCUACUAUUUUCAAUAAUUCAGAAAUACGAAGGAAAUUAGAAAUUGGCGAAAUGAGGGACUGCGUUUUAGUUGCUGAUAGUGGCUAUGCACAACGUAACUAUGUUAUGACUGGUUGGAAGCCCUAA